UGGUGAUCGCAACCUUUUUUUUCUGUAGGUUGUAGCUUGUAUUGGCGGUAGAUGACAGCUGUAAACAAGCUCUAAUGAAGCUCAGGCACUUUGAGGAGAACUAAACGGUUAAAGCGCGUGAAGAGUAAAAAAGAAGAGCUUAAAAUGGUGAAGGGUACAUCCUUGGUCCAUUGUGGGCUGAUUCUGCUGAGUUUGUGGCUGUGUAUCCAGUCAGUGCCUAUCAGUGUGGACAAGGCCAAGGAGAAGCCUCAAGUGGAGGAACUGGAGUCACCACAGAGUGCUGAGACUGGGCUGCACUAUGACCGCUACCUCAGGGAAGUCAUUGAGUACCUCGAGAAAGACCCCCACUUUAAAGAAAAGCUCAAAAAUGCCAACAUGGAUGACAUCAAGCAAGGCAAACUUUCCAAAGAGCUGGACUUUGUCCACCACAAUUUUCGGACUAAGCUGGACGAGCUGAAGAGGGAGGAGAUGAACAGGCUGCGGAUGCUCAUCAAAGUCAAACAUGACAUCCAGGGGGGGAAUGGCCGAACAGUGGACCACCAGGCCCUGCUGAAACAGUUUGAUCACCUCAACCACCUGAACCCCAACACUUUCGAGGUGGAUGACCUCGACCGCCUCAUCCAAUCGGCGACCAAAGACCUGGAGACCUUUGACAAGGGCCGCCACGAUGAGUUCAAGAGGUAUGAGAUGAUGAAGGAGCAUGAGAGGAGGGAACGUCUGAAGACCAUGAAUGAGGAGGUUCGCAAGACGGAGGCGCAGCACUACGAGGAGAUGAAAAAGAAACACGCUGACCAUCCCAAAGUGAACCACCCUGGCAGUGAAGACCAGCUGAAGGAGGUGUGGCAGGAGUCAGACGGUUUGGACCCAGAGAACUUUGAUCCCAAGACCUUUUUCAAAAUCCAUGACAGCAACGGAGAUGGCUUCUUCGAUGAGAAUGAACUUGAGGCUCUUUUCACUAAAGAGCUGGAGAAGGUGUACAACCCCAAAAAUGAAGAAGACGACAUGGUUGAGAUGGAGGAAGAGAGAUUGCGAAUGAGAGAGCAUGUUAUGAAUGAGGUGGACACCAAUAAAGACAGACUUGUGUCACUGGGCGAGUUCAUUGCUGCCACUAAAAAGGAGGAGUUCUUGGAAAAAGACGAGUGGGAGACUUUAGAACAAAAACCCCUUUACACUGAGGAGGAGCUGAGAGAGUACGAACAGCAUCUGGUCAACGAGGAGCUCGACAUUAACCAGAAGUCGGUGGAGCUGCAGAAACAGAGGGAGGAGCUGGAAAGGAAACAGGAAGAACUUAAUGCUCAGAAGUUUGGGCUACAACAGGCAGUAGAAGAAAUGGAAAGGAUAAAAACUGAGACCAAACAGCCGGGCGCUGCUGUAGCUGGAGGUGAACCAGCACCAUUUGUACCAGGAAACAGUCAACCAGUGCCCCCUGGCCACCAGCAGCCAGAUGUACCAGUGCCAGGACACUCUUAGCGGGCCUCACUAGUCUGUGUGCUGUAUGAAUGCCAGUGAGCGUGCAUGUGUGUGUUCACCUUGUAAUGAUUCCAAUUUUCCAGUUUUGUUUAGAAUUUUCAAAACACCACUUGAGAAAAAUGUGCCCAAAUAUUAAGAGCACUUAUGCCCAUUGGGGCUGCAUAAAUCAGAAUUGUGGAGCUGGUCCAGUUAUUUUGUAAACAAUCAACCCUUUUGUUUUUGUCAUUUUGGUCUUUUUAUCACAGCGAGGACUUUGUUCUCCUGGGGAAGUGCUUUGGGGAGAAACGGCGGAGCCUGAAAAGUGAAUGUUUUUUUUUAGUGCACACUGUAGGUCAUUGUCACUGUCUCUUAGAGGACACUUUGAAAAUCGUUUAUUUAUUUCAUUAAAUAGAGCUGAUAGAAAUGAAUGUCAAACUUAACUUUAGAUAAUAUGUAGUGCUGCUAGCUUAAGAUUGAAAUGGUCCCAUUUACAUUUUUCAUAUAGUAAUAUAAAAAUUUGACAUUCCUCACAUUUCCUUAGAAGAGCAAAUAUUCUGGAUCCAUAAAAUAUUGUAUUCUUAACUUGCAUUUCAUCAUGUUAAUUUUCACACUGGUUUCAUUUUAAAAUGUGACCAUGUGGGUUUAAAACAUAGACUAUCAAUCAAUAUUUCGAAAUCAGUUGGUUUUGCUCUCUAAUACCUCUGUUUUAUAUAAGAUCUUGGGAUGGAUCCAGACUGCAGCAGUUACCCAUAAUUAUCAGCUAUCAAUUAGUUGUUUUUACAGACCUUUUCUUGUGAAACUCUGAAAAUUUCCUGAGCUAUUGUUUUUUUUACAAAGUUUGUACCUAGAUAAAAUGCGUAUGUCCUGUGGACCAGAUGAUUGAAGAACAUAUUUAGUUUACAGAUAAUUAUAUUUAAAUCUUUAAGUGUGCUGGUGUUAGUGAUAAUUGUAUGGAUUCCAAAGUGGUUUUAUGUGUACCGUGAGUUUGUGUGUGUGUUAAUAUUGAUUUGUUUUUCAUGGUAGAAUCAUUUCUAAUUUAUUUAUUCUCUACGCUACUGUAACGAAACUGCAGCGGGUUGAAUUGGGCCUCGUCUCUCUCAUAGGUGAUGGGAAACUUUAAUUAAAUUACAGAUAGUCACAUGGUCAAGACUAUGUUCAUUAGAGAUUAAUACAACAGAUGGAAUAAGGUCUCAAAGAUAGUUAAUCUUUUUGAGCAAUUGAGGUACAGUAGAUGGGUUGAUAUUAUGUCCCUUUCAAAAAGCACGUCCUGUGUGAGAAAUUCAUUAAACUGUUGUACAAGGUUUGAAUGUGAACAAUAAAACGAAUGAGCUUG